AUGUAUUUAGAGAAAGGAAGUGUUCCCUCUAUCACAGUUUACUCAAACUCAAAAAUUGACUUUUUCAUUGUUUUUGCCAUCCAUUAAAAGUAAUCCUGCUAUUUGGAAUGCUAAUAAGGAAGCAUUUGCAUUAGAGGUCAAUGUGUUUGUUAAAGGGGUUUCUUUGGAGAUGACUGUAGCAUCAAUAUAAUAUAAUUGUAGGAAAAUGAUAAUUUUGAAAAAGAUGUAAUAUAUUACAUAAACGCCACAAAGUUAGAGGAAGUGUCUCUAAAUUUUACAGAAAAGUCAAAUUUUAGAAUUGGAUGUUUAGCUUUUAAUCCUUAUGUUUAUCGAGGAGAGUUUAUUUUAGAUAGUUUUCUAGAACUCACUUAAUAGCAACAGAUGGAGUGUUUAGAUGAAACUAAAAAAGUGAAUAAAGAGUUUUCAAUAAACUUAUAACCACUCUAUGUAUUCGUAGCUGAAUAAGAUACUAUUUAUUUGGAGUCCCAAUUAGUUGAAUCCAAUCAAAACACAAUCCUCUAUAUAGUCACAUCAAUAGGAAUAUUUUUACUAGUUGUAGUCAUGUAUUGUUGCUUUCAUUUUAAGAAAUCGAAUGGAAGAAUGAACAAUCUGAACACUACUUAAAUCCCAAUCUCUAAAUAAAUGCCAUCGUUAAAUUCAAUUCACAAAUAUAUUCCUAUUUAAAUAUACGAGGAGGUCAUCAAACAGUUUCCAGGCCUCGCAGAUGAUUAAUCGUGUUAAAUUUGCUUAGAUGUUUACAAAAAAGAGGACAAAGUCAGAAUUACUUAUUGCUUUCACUUUUUUCAUGCAGAAUGUAUUGAUAUCUGGAUUAAUCAAAAUGAAAAUUGCCCGACUUGUCGAUCUUCUUUAAAUGUAGAAACACUGACUAAAUAUUUUGAAACUCAGUUAGAUAAUGGAAAUCAGUAGUUGAACACUAGUGACAAAUAAAGAAUCAGUGAAUAAUCGCACAAAAUAAUCAGACUACUUGGAUACAAUAGAAUAUGUGGUUCAUUUAAUAUUGCUCAGCAAGUAGCACAAUCGUCUUAAAUUUGA